AUGGACAAGGGGAUGAGUUCGCAGCUUCUGGAGCAGAGCGCGAAGCUGAGAAAUGAGGCUGAGAGGCAGUUGAACUAUGUGGACGAUUUGCUCUCGCGCAAGUCCUCGCGGAACGAGCCUAGGAAAGGAAGAGACCCAAGUAACGGAGAGACCCUCGGCGAGCAGGCGAGAGGUCAAGACAUGAUCAGCAACCGGAUGGAAGAUACGAUGAUGCGCUACACAGAGCUCUACAGCGAUGAACAUACUCCUUCCCAUGUCAGAGAAAAGUUCCAAGAGCAGGAGGUUUCAGCGCGAGGUAGUCAUGCGAGUACACGAGGGGACGAGGAGAGCCCCGCAGCCCAUGCACGUGAGGACGAAACGUCGGGAUCGAUGCAAUAUGCUAGAACGCAAGGAAGGAGUUUGAAGCAGAGGAACAAGGCGGAGUUGUUGCCAAGGAGACAUGAAGAGGAGGAGGAGGACGAAAACGAUUCGAGCAAGGAAGAUGAAGGAUCGAGACAAAGUUCGCAUCAUGAACGGGACCUUUCCGACAAUCAGAGUCCACACGUGGAAGCCCCUGCGCGACAAGCCCGUCGGUCGGAAGAAGAGUUCGAUCAGCUCGAGAAGAUGGUGCAAACAUGCCUGGCAACGAGUAAGCAAGCAAUGGCAAUGUCGUCUCAGGCACAGAAGAUCGCCGAAGAGUGCAAGCAAAUGCUCAUGACGUGGAGAGAGAAAGAUCACAAUCACCAAGACGCCAUGGCACGAGUGAAGAAAUUUGUUGAGGAGAGCAAGUGGCAUGCCAACGAAGCCAUGACCUCCUUCCAUCGAGCAAAGGAAGAGUUUGAGCAGCUGAAGCAAUCUCGAAGCGCACUUGUCGAACGAGUUGAGGUCGCUGACCGGGACAGCGGAACGACGCACAUGAAAGCGCAAGAGCAACAGUCCCUGUCCCAGGAGGAAACAAGUCCUCAGCCAACGACGAUAAGGAGAGAAGCUGCGAGCGAGAGACGAGUCGACGAGGCUCCACACUCAAGUCCUGCUCCCCCGCCUGCUCCUCGCACCGUCUCCUCUCAGCCCUCCCCGUCUCGCUCUCCUCAACCUGACGUCGUUCGCAAGUCGAUGGAGGCACAAGAAGAAGCUCGCAGGCUGUUGGAGAAGUUCUCUCACGGUGGCACGAAAGACACCAACCAUGCAAGGAAGGUGUCGUUCGGCCAGGCCCGCCCUGAGAUGUCGACUACAAGAGGAGAAGAGAAUUCGGCAAGCUCACAAGACAACAUCAGGCAACUCAAGCUCACUCGUGUUCGUUUCUUCGCUCACAUGCUGACAUGGUUUCGGCAGAAGUCGACCUCAAGCCUCUCCGUCGCUUUCUCCUCCGGCACAGCAGCGUUCUGCUCCUCUAGAAGCGAUUCCUGCAUCUCUGCACAAGGUUUGUUCACGUGCUCUCCUGCAUGA